GCCCCGAGGGCUGUGGGAGGGUGUUCCCACUCCCCGUGUGACCUUGGCCAGGGCACUGCCCCUCUCUGGGCGAGGUUUCCUAGUCUGCCCAUUGAUGGGGCUGAGACUGGCCGCUGCCUGAGUUCCAAACGCCCAGAUGGUGCGUGUCCCUGGCAAGCCGAGCCCAGCGGGAGCCCACGGGAGGAGGUGGCCGAGGGCCCCGGUGGGCGCGCUGGGCUCUGGGAGGGGAGCUCUCACCUGCCCGCGGGUGGGCCAGACGCGCGACCACGCCGAUGCGGAGCUGUCCCAGCGCGUGCCCAGGUGUCCUCUGUUCUGUAUUCUCUUCCUAGCCCAGGCCAACUUCGCCCCCUACUUUUUCGACAACGGGGUGGGCAGCACCAACGGAAACAUGGCCCUCUUCAGCCUCCCGGAGGACACUCCUGUGGGCUCUCAUGUGUACACCCUGAAUGGAACAGACCCCGAGGGAGACCCCGUCUCCUACCACAUCAGCUUUGACCCCAGCGCUAGAAGUGUCUUUUCGGUUGACCCCAAUUUUGGAAACAUAACCCUGAUUGAAGAGCUGGACAGAGAGAGGGAGGAUGAGAUUGAAGCCAUUAUCAGCAUUUCCGACGGCCUGAAUCUGGUGGUGGAAAAAGUCACUAUCCUGGUGACUGAUGCCAAUGACGAGGCACCCAGGUUCAUCCAGGAGCCCUACAUUGUCCAGGUUCCCGAGGACACACCUGCUGGGAGCAGUAUUGCCAAGGUCCGUGCAGUGGACAGGGACACAGGUUCUGGAGGGAGUGUCACCUACUUCCUGAAGAAUCCACACUCCACCAAGUUUUCCGUGGACCGCCACAGUGGUGUCCUGCGCCUCCAGGCUGGGGCCACCCUGGACUACGAGAAGGCCCAGGCCCACUUCAUUGCUGUGGUUGCCAAGGAUGGCGGAGGGAGGCUGCGAGGGGCCAGCGUGGUGCUCUCGGCCACCACCACGGUCACAGUCAAUGUGGAGGACGUGCAGGACAUGGCCCCUGUCUUCGUGGACACGCCCUACUACGGCUAUGUGUACGAGGACACCCUUCCGGGCUCAGAGGUCCUGACGGUCGUCGCCAUGGAUGGAGAUCGCGGCAAACCCAACCGUGUUCUCUACAGCCUCGUGAACGGCAGUGAUGGAGCCUUUGAAAUUAAUGAGACGUCUGGAGCUAUCUCCAUCACCCAGAGCCCUGCCCAGCUCCGGAGAGAUGUGUAUGAGCUGCAUGUCCAGGUGACUGAGGUCAGUUCUGCAGGGACCCCAGCUGCCCAGGCCAUGGCCCCUGUCACCAUCCGGAUCGUGAACCUCAACAACCAUCCACCAACAUUCUAUGGAGAGAGUGGACCCCAGAACAGAUUUGAGCUCUCCAUGUAUGAGCACCCGCCCCAGGGGGAGAUCCUGCGGGGCCUCAAGAUCACUGUCAAUGACUCAGACCAGGGAGCCAAUGCCAAAUUCAACCUGCGGCUGGUGGGACCCGGGGGCAUCUUCCGAGUGGUCCCCCAGACGGUCCUGAAUGAAGCCCAAGUCACGAUCAUUGUAGAGAACUCAGCCACCAUUGACUUUGAAAAGUUCAAAGUGUUAACCUUCAAGCUCCUGGCCAUCGAAGUGAACACCCCAGAGAAGUUCAGCUCCACAGCGGACAUCGUGAUCCAGCUCCUGGACACCAAUGACAAUGUCCCCAAGUUCACCUCCCACUACUACAUUGCCAGGAUCCCUGAGAAUGCCCCAGGGGGCUCCAACGUGUUGGCUGUCACAGCCGUCGAUCCAGACACAGGUCCCUGGGGUGAAGUCAAAUACUCCAUCUACGGAUCCGGGGCAGACCUCUUCCUGAUCCACCCAUCCUCUGGGAUCAUCUACACCCAGCCCUGGGCCAGCCUGGAUGCCGAGGACACUGCCAGGUACAACUUCUAUGUGAAGGCGGAGGACAUGGAGGGCAGGUACAGCCUAGCCGAGGUGUUCAUCACGCUGCUGGAUGUCAAUGACCACUACCCCCAGUUUGGAAAGAGCGUCCAGGAGAAGACAAUGGUGCUGGGGACCCCAGUGAAAAUUGAGGCCACAGACCAGGAUGCAGAGGAGCCCAACAACCUGGUGGACUAUUCCAUCACCCACGCAGAGCCAGCCAACGUGUUCGACAUUGAUGCACGCACGGGGGAGAUCCGGCUCAAGAACUCCAUCCGCUCCCUGGAUGCCCUGCACAACAUCACACCCAGCGGGGACCACACGUGGUCACUAGAGGUGCAGGCCAAGGACCGCGGCUCCCCAUCCUUCAGCACCACGGCCUUACUCAAGAUUGACAUCGUAGACACUGAGAUGCUGUCCCGAAACCCCAUGGCUGCCUUCCUGAUGCAGACCAAAGACAACCCCAUGAAGGCCGUGGGUGUGCUGGCCGGCAUCAUGGCCAUUAUUGUGGCCAUAACCGUCCUCAUUUCCACCGCCACCUUCUGGCGCAACAAGAAGUCCAACAAGGUCCUGCCCGUGCGGCGUGUGCUCCGCAAGCGGCCCAGCCCUGCACCCCGCACCGCCGGCAUCAAGUGGCUCAGAAGGACCGAGGCCGCUGACAAGUUUGUGCUCAGAGAGGAUCCUCCCAAUGAGAACUGCAACAACAACAGCCUGGGAAGUGCACCGCCCCCCAAAGCCCCCGCCCCCCCUCCACCACCCAGCAUGGCACCCAGCACGGGACCAGCCCACUGGAUGGUGCCUACAGUCUCUGGCUCACUCGCCCCUCAGCAACCCCACCCAUCACCAAAACCCAAGGCCUUGGCAAAGCACAAGGCUGCGGGAAGACCCGUCCAGUCAGCUCUGGUCUCUGAGCUCAGGCAAAAGUUUGAGAAGAAUGUGCAUAACAAGGCUUACUUCUAGAACGUGUCCUGUGGUCCCUCUCUCCCAACCCGAUUGCCCAGCUGCUUGGGCCAUACUCCCCAGCUGUGCCCCUUAGGGUCACCCCUAUUUUGUACAAUGGUGUAACCCCCAUAUCCAGGGCUCUGGACAGUGCCUUGGGCAAGGAAUUUAUUUCUCUGGUUAUGGAUGCAAUUGGCAAAUACCUUCCCGUCACCCAGAUCCCCGGCACAGCUUCAAUGCUCCCUGUUCUGCAGAGGCUGGGAGUUGACGAGGAGCCAGAUCUAUGUCUUCUACUCACCAACCCCAGAACUCACAGUGUCUCUUGGGUCCUGCUGGGGCCCCAGCUUUCUCAGUCCAGGAGCAGGGCCCUGGCCACAUGUGACAAGGUCGACUAGAACCUGGAUCCUGAGGUCUUCAGCGAAGAGCAGGAGCAGAAAAAGGAGGUUCAGUGCUGACUAAGGUUGAGGGUCAGCGAACCUCGCAGGCUGUAGGAGACCAAAUGCAGCAGGGGAGGGCAAGGAUGCACGGAAAACUCACGCUGACUGUGGCCCUGGGCCUAAAAGCCAUUGGAAGGUGGAGGAUGGUGUCUGGGCAGAGACUGUGGGCCCCUGCUAUGUCCACAUGGGCUUUCCCUGGUCCCAGAAAUAGCUGGAGCCAUGCCGGCAGCCCUAGAGAUAUCCGGAAAAACAUCAAGUCGCCUUAGGAGCUGUCCCACUAGAAGUCCUUAAAGAGACAGUGCAGCGCUGAGAUCUGGGGAGACUUCCAUUUUUAUCCAGCUCUUCUGCUCACAUGCUAUAACCUUGGGAAAGCUGUUUAAACUUCCUGCUCAUCCUCUUUCUCAUCUGGAAAAUGUAGAAAGUGAGUCUCCCUCAUUCAUGGGUCUGGGGAGAGGAUCAGAACAAGUAGUAGCGACAGGGGCUUUAACCAAGUGCAAAGCAGCACAAAUGUAAAGUAUUUUUCCACAGCCCAGUUCUCUGGGGUGCAGCUCUUCCACAAAGUAUUGGGAGCCCCUCAGCUAUUCUUCCAAGCACCCCCAGGAGGCACUGUGCUGGGUGAGGGCACUGCCACUGAUCCACCGCAGCCCGAGCUGGGUGAUGGCAUAGCUUCCCUUCCAUGUCUCCUCCCUCCCCACCCCCACCCCCCAACUACAUCCCCCAUGCAGCCCAGGACAGCCAUUGUCAGAACCAGAGCUGGUCAGCACAUCCAGCCAAGGCUCCGUUUUGCCAAGAUGACGAAAAUGAGUUCCCUAGAGGAGUGAUUGCCAGAGGCCACAUAGCAGUUUGGCGGCAGGGACCUGGUUUGAGGGCUCCCGGCCCCUCAGCAUGUUUCUCUAGCUGGGGCGCACCUCAUCAGCUUGUGACCACGGCCUCCAGCAGAGACAACACGCAGGCCUCUAUUAAUGCAAAGAAGUUCUGUCUGACUUUAAGGAAAUCUGCCAAGAGGAAGUCUAAAUGUGUGCCCAGAGAGAGAAACGGAACAAUUCUUUGCAUUUCACUCCACUCGCUAAUAACCUCUCUAGAAUAUGUCUGUGAUUUUAUUUAAACAGAUUACAUGUACAUGUGGUUUUCUUGAUUUUUGAGUUGGUGUUUGAAGGUGUUACUCAGAUGCGCUGGUGUGCAGGCUCUUUGCCAGGGUUUCUGCAGUCCACAACCCAAGCUGUAUUAAGGGUUGGUCUCUAACAAGCCAGGAGCCCAGACUGAACAAACAGGUACAGGUUUCAGGACAGGGCUGUGCUGGAUCAUGUUUGCCCUCCAUAGGCAAUGCAGCAUCCUUACAACUUGCACGCAGUCAACCUC